CAAGAAAAAAAUAUGGGAAUUUCAAGAGAUAGUCGUCAUAAAAGAAGAGCAACAGGAGGUCGUAUGCCUAUUCAUAAAAAGAAGAGAGCUUUCGAAAAGGGAAGACCAGCAGCAUUAACAAAAUUAACAACUUAAUCAACUACAAUUACUGAAAAAAGAAGAAUUAGACCCAUUAGAGCUAGAGGUGGAAACAUGAAAUUCAGAGCUUUAAGACUAUUUGAUGGCAAUUUUUCUUGGGGAUCUGAAAAUAUAACAAGAAAAACUAAAAUUUUAGAUGUUAAAUAUAAUGCAACAAAUAACGAAUUAGUCAGAACAAAAACUCUAGUAAAAAAUUCAAUUGUAGAAAUCGAUGCCACUCCAUUCAGAGAAUGGUACAAAAAAUAUUAUGGUUUAGAUAUUGGUCUUAAAAAAGGAGGUGGUGCCUAAUCUGUAUUAGGAAAUAAAGAAAAAUCCAGACAUGUUGAAAAAAGAGUGAUAAGACAAAAAAAUAGAAUUAUUGAUCCUAAAGUAGAAGAAUAAUUCCCUUCUUAAAGAAUAUUAGCUUGUAUUUCAUCAAGACCAGGAUAAUCUGGCAGAUGUGAUGGUUAUAUUUUAGAAGGAAAAGAACUUGAAUUUUAUAUAAGAAAAUUAAUGUCUAAAAAAAAAUGAACUUUUUAAAUAAAUAUUAGAAAUUUUUUAUUUGUAUAAGAUUUGUUUAUUUUUUUAAUUUAUGUAGUUCUUUGCAUGUUU